AUGUCUGUAACAACUUGCCAGAAGGUUACUCUUAUAUCAUGCUCUGUUCUCUGUCUUUCUCUCUUCCUGCCCAGAAUGCUUUUACCCAGAGGGAAAAAGGAGAUGGGUCGGCCUGAGGUUGGACCUGGGUUCUACCCUCCUGUGAUGCACCAUCUGUCAUUGCCAAAGGACCCAGAACGGUGGGGUGUGGACCCUUCAUACUCCAUGGCACACAGUGCGGAAGUCAUGGCCAAAGUGAAAGGCGUCGGACGAGGCAAAAAGUACAAUCUGAUGGCUCAAGCGAUACCCAUAUAUGGCUUCGGGAUACUUCUUUACAUCCUCUAUAUAAUCUAUAAGCUGACAUGUAAGGGGAAGACUACUGAAUCAGAAAACCACACUACAGUAACCAAAGAAAACAUGGAGAGUGAGAUUACACCCGAACACGAGCUUGUCAGGCUUCAGGAAAGGCUUCUGCAAACAGAAAGGAUGAUGGAGAGAAUUGUCUCUGGAAAGAGUAAAGGUUCUGCGAGUGGCAGAAGGAGGAAGAGUAAAACUUCUACAUCAAAGAAGGAGGAGAAAUUACUCAAGCAACUUCGACAGAUAACACUGCUGAUCCAAGAGGGCCGGUUGGAGGCGGACUCCCCUGAGAUGGAGGCUGAGGAGGUCCCCUACUGUGUCGACUGGGAAGGCUACCCAGAGGAGACUUACCCAGAGUAUGAUGAGCCCUGUAAAAGACGAGGAUUUGACAUCUUUACACUGGAGGGACCCCCCCACCAGCCCACCCCCGAGGCCCUGGCAGAGAGGAUGGAGCAAGAGGAGGAAGAGCUUACGGCAAGGAAACUAUCCAUAGUGGAAGAGGUAGAUGAAGAGGUAGAGGAAGAGGUAGAGGAAGGGGUGGAGGAAGAUCAGGAUAAGGAAGAAGAAGUAGAGGAAGUGGAGGAAGAGAUAGAGGAGCCUGUUGCAGACAGGAAGCAGGAGAGACUUGGUUUGGAGGUGAGCAAAGCGCUACAGUGUCUCAAUGGAGGAAAGAAGCAAAUUAGCUUUAGUGACCACAACGAUGUGUUCCACUACCCGAAAGAGGGUACUUGUGAAGAGGAGGAAGAGGAGGAGGAGGAGAAGGAAGAUGAGGUGGAGGAAGAUGAUGAGGAGACAGAGGUGGAAGAGGAGGAGGAAGCGGAUGAAGACGAUCCAGUGAUGGAGGCAGAGAGCCUGCAGUUCAGCUGCGAGGGUUGUCCCAACCCGGAAGAGGAAGCAGAGGAGGAUAAAGAAGAGUAUCUGUUCCUGUCGGAGCCUGUGGAGGAUGACGGUCCUACCCAUGCAGAUGUGCCCAAAGACGUUGGGGCGAGUGGGCUGAGGAUGCGGAACAGGAGGGAGACGUAA